AUGGGCUGGUUCCCUUCCAUAUUCGGUUCGGACAAACCGUCUGAUCCCUUGAGCAAACUCGAUCCCAAGCUCCGCGAAUUCCUCGAGAAAGAAGCUCCCGUAAAAUAUACUCCGACCCGUGCACCAACCUCAACUUCAGCUACACCUCAACCACAAGCAAAAGAAGCCCAGAGUGCAGAUGAAGCAGAAUCUGCACGCGAUACGUCAGUCGUGCCGUCAGAGAGCUUAUACCAAGAUGGCCGAUACGCACACCUCUGGAAGAACUACCGGCCGUUGGCGCAAAUCGAAUCUGAAGCAGCAACCGACCACGACAAGCUCAUGGAUGUGCUGGAAGGGUUCAAAGAGCGCAAGGCGGCAAUCGGCCGCGCAGCACUCGAAAACUGUGCCAUCCAACAGGAGCAAUGGGUUGAUUGCAUGAAAAAUGGCAGCUGGGAAGACCAGCUCCAAAUGUGUCGGCAUCAACGAUUCCUCAGAGCCCUAGGAUAUGGCUCCGUAGCCGGCCGGCCUCCGCAAGUCGACGAAGAUAUUCAAAUGCACGCCGACACCUUGUACGACAGGAUGCUCGUACACGAGACCGCCGUCGAGCAAGCAAAGAAGGACGGCACACCAAUUCCCAUCUUCGACCCUGCGCUGCCAAAGGCCAGCGCGGCAAGGGUCGUGCCGACACAAGAGCUCGAGAAAACGUGGAGGGAGAAGUUGGACAAGCUACCGGAGGGUGAGAGGGUGGUAGAAGAGGCUGCACUGAGGGCAGAUCUGCAGGCCAAGUCGGAUGUAAGCAAGAAUGUAAAGCAGAUAUGGGCAACGCAGAAGGAAGAGAGGGAGGCAAGGAAGGCGAAUGGGCAGGCUACGUUUGGGGAUACGCUGUCUGCGAUUUUCGGAAGAGGCGGGGGAACAAAGUAA